UAGGUGCGUUAACAAUUGUCGUGUUUCCCAGGUUGUCUGCCAACCUCUUCAAGUGUUAAAAAGAAUAAUUUUAAUUAAUAAAAAUAUUCACGGAAAAUCAUGGCAGAACUGCUCAUAGAUCCACAUAUAAGAGGCUGGGUAUUCCUACCCAUUGUUGUGAUAACAUUUCUCGUGGGAAUCAUCCGGCACUACGUGUCCAUGCUGAUUUCUUCACAGAAAAAGGUGGAGCUGACGCAAAUUCAGGAUAGUCAAGCAAUGAUCCGGGCACGCUUAUUGCGUGAGAAUGGGAAGUACCUGACAAGCCAGGCAUUUGCAAUGAGACGACACUACUUUAACAAUGAGGAAACGGGAUACUUUAAAACACAGAAGAGACCCCCAGUGAGUCCCAACUCCACAGCCAUGCUGUCGGAUCUUGUGAAAGGGAACUUUAUAAACGUCCUGCCUAUGGUGGUUAUCGGAGGAUGGAUUAAUUGGAUGUUCUCGGGAUUUGUGACGACAAAAGUCCCAUUUCCAUUGACAUUGCGCUUCAAACCGAUGCUCCAGCGAGGUGUUGAGUUGGCAUCCCUUGAUGCAGCUUGGGUAUCAUCUGCCUCGUGGUACUUCCUCAAUGUCUUUGGCCUGAGGAGUAUCUAUACCCUUGUUUUGGGAGAGAAUAAUGCUGCUGAUCAGACGCAGGCAAUGCAGGAUCAAAUGUCCGGAGCAGCUGUGUCCAUGCCUCAGGAUCCCAAGGCUGCCUUCAAGGCCGAAUGGGAGGCAUUGGAGAUCACAGAGUACCAGUUUGCCCUGCAGAAUGUAGAAAAUGAGCUGAUGUCCAAUCUCAAUACACCAAAUUCAAUCUACCAUCAGAAUAAGGAGGAUGGAUAUUCUAGGAAUUAAAAAACUAGACAAAUAAAUUAAAUGCGAUUAAAUAGCACUAAAAUUAACACAGGGA